UAGUUUAUGGCAUAGAGGUCUCCAUACGACUAUAUCCAGUUUAGUAGUUUAUGACAAUAAACUGCUUAAUAAUUUGAAUUAACUUUUAAAAAAAUCAGCGAGUUUCGGGACAAGCGGGAGGAGAUGAAUUACGAAUUUGGGCGAGAAAGUGGUUUCAUCAACAGCCAGCCGUCGCUCGCUGAGUGCCUGACAUCUCUCACUAACCCUGUCGGUGAUGCAUUUCAAAGUUCAUCAAUCAAGAGCUCGGCGCUUUCAGAGUCGACACUGAUUCCUCCUCCUUUUGAGCAGACCAUCCCCGGCCUGCACCCGGGCAUCCACCCACGCCACAGCCGCUCAAAGCAGACUCUGAAAGGCUGUAGCCCGCUGCAGGCUGCAUCCCUACCCCCGGAGUACCCGUGGAUGAAGGAGAAGAAAAGCAUCAAGAGAAACCAGACUGUUGCUGCUUCUUCUUCUGCGACAGCGACUGACUCCUCACCACUCUACUUCUCCCCCCAAGGUUCCCCAGAGGUACCAGAGGUCGGUGUUGGCGGUGGAGGGGCAUCCCGGAGGCUGAGGACUGCGUACACCAACACCCAACUUCUGGAGCUGGAGAAGGAGUUUCAUUUCAACAAAUACCUGUGCAGACCGAGGCGAGUGGAAAUAGCUGCUUUGCUGGAUUUAACGGAGAAGCAGGUGAAAGUGUGGUUCCAGAAUCGGAGGAUGAAGCACAAGAGGCAGACGCACUGCAAGGAAAACCGGGACAGCGAGGGGAAAUACGCGUGUCUGGACGACGGGCCGGAGGACGAGUUUGAGCAGGCGGAGGAGGACAGCAGCGCAGCCGGGACGCUCCUGGAGAGGGAGAGGUAUUCCCACCAGAAUACCUUAACUUCACAACAUUGUCAGAACGGGCACAAUGAGAACCAGAGUCCGGCUGUUACGCCUUUGAACAGCAAUGAGAAAAAUCUGAAACAUUUUCCAAACCCGGCUCCCACUGUUCCAAUGUGCGUGUCAACAAUAGGCCCGGACAAUGAUCAUUCCCCGGGCCUGGACGUCUCUUUGCAGGAUUUCCAAGUUUUCUCAUCCUCCUCUUCUUUCUCACCAAGUUUUUCAGAUUCAGCGCCGAGUCCCCUGCCUUUAUCAUCCGAAACUUUUGACCUUUUCUCAGAAACACUUACAACCAUCGACCUGCAAAACUUGAGCUAUUGAAACAUUUAUUUUUAUUUGAAAUGAGACACUUGUGCUCAGUUUAUAUACUCAGUUUUAGCGUUAAUA